CACCAAUUGUACUGUAGGAAAACAUCAACGUGAUAUGACAGAAACUCGAUACAGAUACCCAUAACAAAAUUACUAAAAUUUAAAUUAAGUAAAACUGUGAAUUUGUUUAUGUUUUCAAAGUGAUUGUACCACAGUAGAAAGACAACAGUAAUUAAAAGUCACAAAGUUGAACAAUAAAGUGCAAAAGUGUUUAAACAAAUUACACAAUUAACAAGUGAAUAGUGAAAUCAAAAUUAUUGAAAAAUUGGUUAUCAAUAAUGAUUGUAUAAAUAUAGCAGUUAUUUGGAAGGAUAGUACGCAAUUUGAACUGUACAUCGACUAUUGAUGGAUACAUGAAAAAUCAGCUAAUAACACAGUGAACUUUACCAUUAAAAGUUUCAUAAAUAAUGCCUGUUCGGCGUAGUCGUCAAGGGUCUAACUCAUUUGCUGCAAAAAUUAUAACACGAGCAAACUAUACUGCCUCUAAUCAACAACAUAACCAAUCAGCAAAUUUAGACAGAAUUGAUUCAUUUCCUAAUACAUCUUAUGACAUUGUUUAUAAUAAUAACAAUCAAAUAACAGCAGAGACCAUAUUGACACCAAAAGAGCAACAACAAAUGCAAAAAAACGCUUACUUAAAAUCAUUAAAUAAAGAUCAGCUUAAGCUUGAAUGUCGUAAAAGAGGACAAAAGACAUCAGGAACAAAACUAAAUUUGCUACAAAGAUUGGGAUACAAUAUGUCGUUGAAUCAUCAAGAAGAUAAUUAUAAAAAGUACAAAAACACAUCAAACAAUUCAAAUGGAACAGUUCCUUACAGUAAUAGUAACAUGAAUAACAACAGUAAAUAUCGUAAAAAAGAUCGUGAACGACUACGAAUAGAACGAGAAAGCCUCAAAAUAUGGUCACGUCCAAUAGAUACAUUUAAGUACUUUUUACUAGAAUGUAUUACACUGUCGAAGAUUUAUGGAAAAAAAUUACUGGAACACAAAAAAUGUAUUGCUGUAUUAUUUUUUUUAACAACUCUAAUAACGGUGUUUUAUCACAUUCCCGGAAAACAUCAAUCAUAUUUUGAUUCCUUUCGAGAACAUGCGUUUUUUGUAACGUAUUGGGUUGGACUUGGAGUCCUUUCAUCUGUAGGCUUAGGAACAGGUUUGCACACAUUUUUGCUUUAUUUGGGUCCACAUAUUGCCAGUGUUACUUUGGCAGCGUAUGAAUGUAAUUCUUUAGACUUUCCCAAGCCGCCGUAUCCCGACGAAAUAAUUUGUCCCGAGGCUAUAGAUGCGAAUUUUAUACCAUCUUUGUGGAAUAUAAUGUCAAAAGUUCGAUUGGAGGCAUUUUUGUGGGGAGCUGGCACUGCACUUGGUGAACUUCCUCCAUAUUUUAUGGCAAAAGCAGCAAGACUUUCUGGGUAUGAUCCUGAAGAUGAUGAAGAUUUGAAGAAAUUCGAUGAAUUACAAAAGAAACGUGCUACAGGUGAAAACCUAACAAUCCUAGACAGAGGAAAACUUUUUAUGGAACAAAUUGUGGAACGAAUUGGAUUUUGGGGAAUUUUAGCUUGUGCUUCGAUUCCUAAUCCAUUAUUUGAUCUGGCUGGUAUUACUUGUGGACAUUUCCUCGUGCCAUUCGGGACGUUUUUUGGUGCCACUCUCAUCGGCAAAGCUGUGAUUAAAAUGCAUAUACAAAAAAUAUUUGUUAUUAUUGCCUUUAACGAGCCAUUGAUUGAACGUGCCGUCAAUGUUAUGGGUAAAGUUCCAAUGAUAGGAAAAAAGCUUCAAGAGCCUUUUAAAGCAUUUUUAACAGACCAAAAGACAAAAUAUCAUCGCCGAUCUAACACUAAAUUGCCAGAAUCACGGUCAAAACUAGCUAAAAUGUUUGAAAUCUUUGUUGUUGCUAUGAUCGUUUAUUUUGUAGCUUCAAUCAUAAAUUCUUUCGCCCAAAACUAUCAUAAGCGAUUGCACAAAAAAGUAGGAAAUUCUCAUCGAAAAACUGCAAGGGAUUAAUAACUCAUAAAAUAAUUAAUAAAUCAAUAAUCAAUAAUUACCAAUACAGUUAGGAUCAGGGAGAUGUUUUAUAAAAGAAAUAUCUAGUGCAAAUAAUGUGUUAAAAAUUAAAUAAACUGAUUUAAAGGUUAAAUUCAAUUCAUAUAGUUGUAAGUAACAAAUGGAAUUUCAGACAAAUGUAUGUGUAUACAUAUUCUUUUGUAAUAAAUAUUACUACCGCCAUCAGGUAUUUUAAGUACCUACCUAAGUAUAUUUAUAAAAAAACAGGUAGUAAAUAUGUAUUACGGAUAGAUUAAACAGAUUAAAUAUGUAUUUUUUUUUUAGAAUUUUAUUGGUUUUAAAGUGAUUUUAAAUUACCUAAUAGAAAUACCUAUAUAUGCUUUUGUGUUUGCCCUAUAUUUUGAUCUGUAGAAAAAAAGCGGCGUGAAAUGUUGUUUAAAAUGAGUGCAAACACCGUGAUUGCCACAAGAGUAUGACUUUCCAUUUAGAUUAAUCAGCAUUAUAAAUGUUUUUAUCGAAAAAAUCCCAAAGAUUAUAUUUUAGAUAUUUUAAUGCUGUACAACUAAGAAAUUCUUUACAUAAACACAUAUGUAGCAAUUUCAACUGUCUGUCUCAAAUAAUAAAAAAUAAAUAAAAAAGACAUUGAUUUUUUUCGUUAAAUUUUUUUAAAAAAUUAUUAUUAAUGUGACUUUGUGCGCAAACAAUCUUGGUAUAUCAGGAGAAAUUAGUGCUUUUGAAAAUUUGAAAAAACUUUGUCAUUCCCUGACACAAGUAUGUAUUGCAUAUCAAAGUUAACACAUAUUUUAAUCUAAUAGAAAUGUGUUAUUUGUUUAUUCUUAAA